CGGGUAACCGGUUAUUUCGGAAUUUAGUUGUACCAAAAAUGCAAAUACUACAUCAAUAGAGGAAAUACAUAUGUUUUCCUCCAAUAAACAACUAUCGCAUUUGCUUAAAAUCGUUUAAAAUGCAAAUUAGCGAAAAAUGUCGUUCUUAACUAGGGAAAACGUUACGCAGCAUUGUCGUACUUGUUUGAAGAGCUUAAACAUAGAUAAUAACAAUUUAAUAACAAGUUUCGCUGCAGCUGAGGAGGCACCCGAGUUCAAAGACUUUUCGAUAAGCAUCGGUAAUAAUGAAGAUAUACAAAAACUUAUCACUCUAUACAUGGACGGUGUUUUGACUGGAGAAGCAGCUGAAAGUAUGCUGGAAGAUUACCCCCAGUGUGUGUGCAUCUGCUGCUAUAAUAAAUUACAAAACAUUCAUACAUUUGGUCAAAAAAUAAAGAGAAGUGCUCAAAAACUGCAGGCGCUUUUGUGGCAGGGAGUUGCGAAAGUUGAGAUUGGUGAAGAUGAAAAUGAAAACCAACAGAAAUACGAAAAUGAAGUUAGUUCUAUGCAGGAUGAACGGGAUAUAUAUAAAUUGCUGCUUAAGGAUGCUCUAAUGGAAACGGAAACCGUUAUUUUAGAAACACAAAAUGCUGAAAGUAUAGAUAGCAAAGGUGUUGUAGAUCCUGAUCCCUUUGACACCUCAAUGUCGGUAAAACUGAAGGAUAUGCAACGUGAUUCGCAGCGUGAGGCAAUGCAUGAAGAAAGCAACGAUCAAGAAUGGGAAACCUAUAGUCAAGUAGAAUCGGAAAUUAAUUCAGAAAAAGGAAAUAUUAAAAUGGCAAGUGAUGCCCUGAACGACUUCCGAGGUGACGGUAAUUUGAAAACCAGAGAUAGUCGAGGGAGACUAUCUGCGUCAUAUGUGUCCAAGAAAAUUAAAAAAGGACACAAAUGUUUAAAAAAAGAUAUUGCAGUUUCUUAUGACAUUCAAGGACACCUGCAUUCAGAUGAGAUAGAUACCAAAAUUGACAAUAGAGUAAAAAAACGGAAUAAAGGAACGAAUAAACGUAACAAAGGAACAAAAAACAGCUUCAAAUGUGUGCAGUGUAGUCAUAGCUUUGCCCAUAAGAUUACACUCGAUGCUCACGUACGCAAAGUUCACGAAGGAAGUAAGCGGCCAUUUAAAUGCGAUCGAUGCGAAAAAUCGUAUAGCUUUAUCGGAGGACUUUAUACGCACAUAAAAGAAAUUCACGAAGCUGAGGUUCGGUCAUAUGCUUGUGAUAAUCCUGGCUGUGGACGCAUUUAUACCAGUUUCAUUGCAAUGCAAAAGCACAAACGGCUGAAACACUCGGAUACACCUUGCCUAAAACAACAUGUGUGCGAACAGUGUGGUGCGACAUUUAAUCAAUCUGGAAAUCUUAAAUACCAUCGACGUUCUAAACAUCCUACAGAGGCGGAACAAGCCGAGCAAGAACAUUUGAAGCAGCGAUUUGAAUGUGACGUCUGUAAAAAACUAUUCCAUUCACGAUACACUUUAAAAUACCACACUCUACAACUACAUACAAAUGAAAUGAAGUAUGAGUGCAAUGUUUGUGGCCGCAGAAUGGCAAAAAAGUUUAUGCUUGUUCAACAUAUGCUAGUUCACUCAACCGACAAGAUGCCGUGCGAGCAUUGCGGCCGACAAUUUAUUAGAAAAUUUGAGCUGGAAGCGCACGUAAGGGCAGUGCACAUGAAAUUGAAACCCUUUGAAUGUCAGUAUUGUGCGGAGUGCUUUGCUUCAAGAAAAACGCUCCGACAUCACGAGUACAUACAUACCGGGGAAAAACCGUAUGUGUGUGAUAUCUGUGGUCAGGCGUACCGGCAACAGACAUGCUUGAAAAACCAUCGUAAAUCACACGAAAAAUUUAAUGCAGAUAACGUGUCAACAACAAACCACAAUCUAACCCCUCUAAAUUCGAUUUUGACAGCGCCAGCGGCUGUUAAAUCAUCGAAAAUAGUUUCACUGACAAAAGGCACUAACAUCUCAACAAGCUUUAAUAAAGACAUAGCGGGAGAUACGAUUAAGCACUCAGUUAGUUUUGCUGGAACAGACUCUAUCUAAUACAAUUUAGGCGAUAUAAUGAUAGAUUCUUACAUUUAGUGGCAACAGUUAAGGAGCUGGA